UUUACUCCACCCUUCAGCGCUUUUUUUUUCUCUUUUCUCUUUUGAUUGCCCUGGUGCUGCCUGGUGCUGCUCGUUUCUUCCUCCCACUAGUUUAGCCUGCCGGGAUCCUGAACAUAUUGGCUUUGGAUGCAGGGCGGUACUUGUGUUGGUCUUUGUCGAUUCAGUGCAUAACAACUUGCGCGCUAUUAAUCUCUCGACGUCGACUGUGCAGUUAAUAUGUUAAACAGAGGAAAUUCUUCGAGUCGUUCUAAUACAGGAACCGACUCUCCUUCUACUAGUCCCGUUGACACCUCCAGCACCUCCAGUACUGCUUACACCCCCAGCACUUCUUCACUCUGUUCCUCCGCCUCGUCCUCUGCAAGCACUGACACCAGCGCCGUUUCGUCGGUCAUAACAUCACUCCAAUCUCCCGCUGAAUCAACCGCAUCGUCACCUUCAGUAGCUGCGGCAGCGUCAACAUCAUCGGGAAAUACGACCAACACCUUAACAACUUCCUCUGCCUCAACUAUCAACGUCGGCGCCAUAGCAGGCGGCGUCAUCGGUGGAGUCGUCUUCCUAAUAUUGCUCAUCCUCGGCCUCAUCCUCUGUCGUCGCGCCCGAUUCAAAAAACACAUCGCACCCUCCUCCCAAUUUGCAGAAACCAUCAAACGCGGUGAGCUACCCGUCCUCCGCCUAGAUUGCGGCGUGGAAAUCGUCCCCUCACCCGCGCAAUAUCACGUUCCCCUACCACUACGACAAGACUCGUAUUACACGAGUCCUGCCAUGUCGCAUAUGAAACUCCCAGAUGGGAUAGGAGGGUCAGAUGAGCAGUCUGUGCGUCACAGCUUAGAAAAGCCGCUGCAGCCUCUUCGGCGCCCAGGUUACCAGGGUUCGAAUGAAUCUGUGACAAUGGGCAACACAGCGCGCAGGGCAUCCAGUAUCGGCAGCUCACAGGAGUUCUGGUCCCGCGACGCAGGCAAAUUCGACAUUCGGAAAGACUAUAGAUCCACAUCUCCCCUUCCUAUCGAAACCAACUACGUACCCAUGAUACAAAAUACAUAUCCCAUGCAGCCUUCUCGCGCAGUAGAUACUUUACAGAACGCGUAUGCUGAUUUGUGGAAGCUCUCCGUUGCCCCGAUAACGCGCCCACGGCCGGAUUCUGUCCAGAAUGGUGCGGAUACACAACCUUUACCCCCGUUGAGACCUGUACGACGUAGUGUGGACGUUGGGAGUGGCAGGAAGGUUUAAUUCUUUAUCAUUAUUAUUCGUGUAUGUUUACUGAACUUUUAUAUUCGAGUCGGAUGUCUGAUAUUGGUACAUGGUAUUCAUCCGCGAGGAUUUAUGUACUAGUAAUCGAUCUGUUGGACUC